AUGUUGCCAACUUCACUUCUGCGGGCCUUUUUGCUCGCUGCCACCGCGACCCUUGGAACGGCUCGUCCAUCAUGGCCGCAUUUCACUGUGGGACAAGAGCACGUUGAGGUACUCAGCAUGCGUGCCGCCAUGCCCUUAAACCCAGCUGCCGUUUACGACGUCACAUGCGUUGACGCUAGCCUGAGAAUCGUCUUCCACGACGAAAACGUUGCCCAGCUCUCGAUAUGCGGGGGUAUUUCGGGUUCAAACACCAGGUGUGCCGGCGGGCCCCAAAGCACGGAGGCCCAGUCGGCUUCAGCCAAAUUCACUCUAGCACCGGUCACACCAGGCGCAGUUCUCAACAUCUCCAAGGUCCGGUGGGAACAAUGCGUACGCGCCGCGAGAGCAAUAUGCCCGACGGGAAGCAUGGCCGGUACAUGCAGGGGCGGUGCAUCGAACGGAGACGUCAAGUUCUCGCUGGAAAAGCCAUGA